AAUGGGAGAACUACAUACAUAUUCUCUCAUCCACCAUUAUUAUAUAUCCUUUUUUGAUAUUUAUAUUCAUUUUGAUUAGACUUAUCCCAAUUCCCAAACCCAAAACUCCCCAAAUGUUCUCCUCCGUAUACAUAGCCUUUCUUUCAAUUCUCACCGGUUUUCUCUUUUACUUAAUCCACUUCCGAUGGAGAGCAGCGCCGGAUAAAAUUCACCCGAAACUUCCGCCGGGUCCACGUGGCCUUCCUAUAAUUGGCAAUCUCCACAUGUUAGGUACCCUCCCUCAUCGUACCUUAUACGAUCUAUCCAAACGUUAUGGUCCAAUAAUUUUCUUGAAGCUCGAGAAUGUCCCAACGGUGGUGGUCUCAACCCCGGAAACCGCGGGGCUGAUACUGAAGACACACGAUGCCGUUUUCGCUAGCCGGCAAAAGCUCAAGGCGGUGAAUUACAUAAGUGAUGGUGAUAAGGGGUUAGCUUUUGCACCUUAUGGGCCACAAUGGCAUAAUGCUCGGAAAUUCUGCACACAAGAACUGCUCACAGCUCAGAAAAUCGGGUUGUUUGGUGGGAUGAGGAAAGAGGAAAUUGGGUCUUUAGUGCAGUAUUUAAAGGUGGGUGGUGAAGUGGUGGAUAUUGGUGAAAAGAUUGGUGAUUUGAUUGGGAAAAUGACGUAUAGAAUGUUAUUUGGGGAUGAUGGGAAUAGUGAUAGAUUUGAUUUGAAGAGUAUAGUUCAUGAGAUGGUGCGGUUGUUUGGACAAUUUAAUAUUGCUGAUUAUGUGCCUUUUCUUGAGCCAUUUGAUAUUCAGUUGAAAGAAACUGGCAAGACUGUUCAAGAAAUAUUUGAUACCAUAAUCAAUGAGCAUGAACAAGAUGCUAGGAAUUACACUCACAAGAGCAGCAAGGAUCUUGUCGAUGUCAUGUUGUCAUCUCAAGAUGGUUCGAAAGCCCACUCGAUUGACCGUGCAACCAUGAUAGCUAUCCUUUCUGACAUGAUCGUUGGAGCCAUUGAUACUUCACACACUUGGAUAGAAUGGGUAUUUGCAGAAAUUGUUAAGCAUCCAAAAGUAAUGAACCGACUCCAAGACGAGUUAACAUCUAUAGUAGGACUGGAUAGAAUGGUUGAGGAGGAAGAUUUGCCUAAGUUGGAAUACUUAGAACUGGUGCUCAAGGAAACUUUCAGGUUACAUCCUGUGGCGACUCUUUUAGUUCCUCGAGAAUCAAUGGAAGACGUUGUCAUAAAUGAAUGUUACAUACCAAGAGGAUCACGAGUUAUGAUAAAUUGUUGGGCGUUAGGGCAUGAUCCUAAGAUAUGGUCGGACAACGUUGAGGAAUUUGUUCCUGAGAGGUUUAUUGGCAAGAACAUCGAUCUUCAUGGACGUGAUUUUCAUUUGCUACCAUUUGGAUAUGGAAGAAGAAGUUGUCCAGGAAUGAAUCUGGGGUUGAUUAUUGUGAAGUUGAUAGUUGCACAAUUAGUUCAUUGCUUCAAUUGGGAUUUGCCUGAUGGGAUGUUGCCUGGUGAUUUGGACAUGACUGAAAAGUUUGGCUUGGCAGCUCCAAGAGCUCAGAAUUUACUUGUUAUUCCCACUUACCGUCUACUCCGUUAACAGUUAAGAGAGAGAUUAACCUGAGCUUAUUUCUAGAGGGUUAAUUAAACUGGAAAAGCUGCAACAUCCUUCUUUUUAAUUUAAAUAUCAUAGAUUGUAAUAUAAUAAGCAAAUUUUCUGUUUAAGUAUCACGAAGGUUAGGCUUAAGGUUCUCCUGCUUGUUGUA